CAGACGACGGGGCCGUGGCAAAAUGAAGAGGCAGAAUGUCAGAACCCUGUCGCUGGUCGUGUGCACGUUCACGUAUCUGCUGAUAGGGGCGGCGGUGUUCGACGCGCUCGAGUCGAACACGGAGAGGAAACGCUGGGAGUUUCUCUCUGAGGUUCGCCGGAAUAUGAUGAAGAAGUACAACAUCACACAGGAGGAUUACAGGAUGUUAGAGAUCGUCAUAAUAGAGAACAAACCUCACAAAGCGGGCCCACAGUGGAAAUUCGCGGGUGCCUUCUAUUUCGCGACGCUUGUGCUGGCUAUGAUAGGCUAUGGACAUUCGACGCCCGUCACCAUAGGUGGAAAAGCGUUCUGCAUGGCGUACGCUAUGGUGGGAAUUCCUCUGGGUCUGGUGAUGUUCCAAAGUAUCGGUGAACGUUUGAACAAGUUCGCGUCCGUGGUGAUCAAACGGGCGAAAAGCUAUCUACGGUGCAAGAAAACGGAAGCGACCGAGAUGAAUCUGAUGCUCGCGACCGGUAUGCUGUCGAGCAUCAUCAUAACGACCGGGGCGGCCGUGUUCUCGCGUUACGAGGGAUGGAGUUACUUCGACAGCUUCUAUUACUGCUUCGUUACGCUGACCACCAUCGGUUUCGGUGAUUACGUCGCUCUUCAGAAUGAUCACGCGUUGUCGAAUAAGCCUGGAUACGUGGCCUUAAGUUUAGUCUUCAUUCUAUUCGGCUUGGCCGUUGUCGCUGCCAGCAUAAAUCUCCUCGUGCUACGUUUCAUGACAAUGAACACAGGCGACGUUCGUCGUGAGGAUAACGAGCUCCAGGCGGCCUCCCACCACGUUCUGACUCUGGACGGCGAGGUGGUGGCGGUGAACGGCAAAAUUCUGGCCGGGCACGUGCCGAUAAUACACGACACGGAAGACUGCGUGAGCGUGUGCUCGUGCACCUGUCUGAGACCAGCGAAUUCUGAGCUUCUGGACCAGGGUUACCAGGGCUACAGACCGCCGACCGCCGCCAGCCUUCGCGUGAAACGCGCAUCCGUCUGAUGGAAGGAGUUCCGUCGUCGGAGUUUACGUCGUCGAUUUUCGAGGGCCGACAGCCGGGAGCUGCUCGGCAUCGACGUGUAAUAUCGACUCGAAACAUACCCGCAUCAAAACAAAAAGAAAAGAAAAGAAAAAUAUGCUGAACAGAACGGUUACAAGGUGACUUGAACGGAGUUUCGUUGACGGUUUCGACAGAAAUAUUCAACGAGUCGAGUCGGUGGAUAUAUAUGUAUUUGGACGAGU